UGCCAGAACUUUGCAGAGUUCCAUGUGUCCAUUGUCUGGGUUUAGUACUAACCGACAGUGUACAUACCACCGUGAAGAUGACAUACACCUUCACCCUCUUCAGCUUCCUUGCAUUUUGCUUCUUCUUCUCAGGGAUUUCUGGUGAUCACGGACAGAAGGAUGAAUGCAGCGAGUUUCCCAAACCAGAGAAAGGUGGCCAGGCUCCCUGCACAGCUGAUUAUAGACCUGUCUGUGGCACUAAUGGUGUGACCUACUCUAACAAAUGCGCACUCUGUGCAGAACAGGCAGCGGGAGUUCACGUUCAUAUAAAACAUGAUGGAGAAUGUAAAGGAAAGCCGGAUGUCUGCAGUAAGUACCCACAACAAGAGAAGGGCAAACCAGCAGUGUGCCCCAGGAUUUACGAGCCUGUCUGUGGUACCGAUGGCAAAACUUAUCAUAACUUUUGUCUCUUCUGUGCAGCAAAGAGGGACAGUGACGUCCCUCUUGACAUAAAGCAUGAAGGAGAAUGUAAGGUAAAGGACGAGUGCAGUAAAUUCCCAGUCCCGCCCAAGGGCAAGCCUGCUUUAUGCACAAAAGAAUUAAAGCCAGUCUGUGGCAGUAAUGGUGUGACAUAUCCAAACAAGUGUUUAUUUUGUGAUGCCAAAAGGAAAAGUGGCGGCAAACUAACAAUAAAGCAUGAAGGGCCCUGUGAGCAACAGGAGCAAAAGGGCAAAUGAAAGAAGACUUAGUGGAAAGCAGCAAGAAUUACUCUUAAACUGAAGAAAGACACUCUGUGCAAAUAUCUUUUCAGUUUAAAGAAAAGUUUUUUCCUGAUCUGCUAAUAGAAUAAACACAAAGCAACUGAA